ACUUCCAGCCACGCUCUGCUUGCCUGCCUCACACGCAGACGCCAGAGCUGCCAAGAUGCCGCCGAUGGCUUCUCUGCCAGCGGCGAUGGCUCCCCCAUGGUCCUGCUGAACUCCCAGGAUGCUGCCAGGUGUGCCACCCUUGGUCUUGCUUUGCCUGGCCUUCUUCUCCUUGGGGCACCCCUGCCCUGCUACCUGCAGCUGCACAGACUCCCACACGGUCGAUUGCCGGGACCGGGGGCUGCCUGGCAUGCCCACCCCAUUCCCCCUGGACGUACGGAAGCUCCUGAUGGGCAACAACAGCAUCCAGAGGGUCCCGGGGGACUUCUUCAUCUUCCACAGCGAUCUGGUCUACUUGGAGUUCAGGAACAACGCCAUUGCUGCCCUGCCGGAUGGCACCUUUGACAGCUCCGGCAAGCUGGUCUACUUAGAUCUGAGCUACAACAACUUGAGCCGUCUGGGCGCCAGCCUCUUCCGGUCAGCAGAGCGCCUGGUCAAGCUCUGCCUGGGGAACAACCGCCUGGCUGAGGUGGACGAGGUGGCUUUCACCAGCCUCAAGCAUCUCCAGGUGCUGGAGCUGAACCACAACCGCUUGCAGAGGCUGAGCCUGGCCACCCUGGCCGCCCUGCCCAACCUCCGGGUCCUCCGCCUGGAGGGCAACCCCUGGCUGUGCGACUGUGACUUUGCCGGCCUCUUCACCUGGCUGCAGGAGAACGCUUUCCGGCUGCCCCAAGGUCUGGGUGAGAUCCGGUGCACCCUCCCCGUGGAGGAGAGCUCCGUCCCGCUCAGCGAACUCACGGAAGCCAGUUUCCGGGACUGCAAGUCCAGGCUGUCCCUGGUGGACCUCCUGAUCAUCAUCUUCUCCGGGGCAGCCGUCUCCGUCGCAGCCAUCAUCUCUAGCUUAGUUCUGGCGCUGCUCGUGAACUGUUUCCAGCGAUGCACGCCCAGAAAAAAGGAGGAGGAGGAGGAAGGCUGAGUUCCCUUCUCUUUCCCUGCCCCUGCCCGCCUUGUUCAACGGAAGCCAAGGACUGCCUCCACUGGUUGGAAAGGGCAGCUCAGCCACGUAGCUGACCGGGAGUUUCCCAGGGGGAUUGAUAGGACAAGAUACUUUGGGAUCCUCUCCAGUGACCAUCGCUCAGGAGGCAAGGAGGGGCCUUCUCAGAAGCAGGAGGCUGACAGCUGCUUCCUCUUCAAUCUUCUCUCUCUGGACAGCUGCAAAUCAGCAGGAAAUCCCGCUGUCCAAUUCCAAGAAGUGGCCCCGAGUAGCUCCUGAUGGGGCUCUCCUGUCUGCGGCUGCAUUUACUUCUGCAGCUCCCCUCGGUGGCCGUGGCCAUGUGGCUGGCUCCCUCCCUGCCCAAGGCUCCCAAGCCCCUUGCCCACCGCCCUGCCUGCCUGGGACGUCUGGAAGGAUUGCUUCAACAGGAGCCGCAGCAGCAGCAGCAGCAGCAGCAGCAGGAGGCCAGCCCGACUCUUCCAGGCUCAGCUGCCGGUUUCUUCUUCGCCUGUGGUGUUUCCUUCAUUUCCUUCAUGGGAGAGAAAUGGCACCUGGCCCUCUGUUUUUCCAAAGGAGAAGAGCUUUUGGGUCAACGGGGUGACCCUUGCCCUCCUCUCCCCUCUGAUUGUCUCCAAGGGGUCCGAACGUCCAGCCUUUCCCUGGAGAAGCAUUGCUACCACUGGGCUUCCCAUGUUCCCCCUUCUCCAUAGUUUGCUCCUAAAUGCUUGGUUGGGAAGGCUCUGCUACUUUGAAACGGAACUGAACUUCAUCCUAAGCCUGGCCCACGUGCGAAUCAGGCACACAGAUUGAAAGGCGAGGCUGAUGAAUCUGUGGGCAGACGGCAGUGCUUUUGUCGAUGCUGGGUGAU